AAGCUGAAGGAGAAAGACACCACCCCUUCUGUGUUUUACCCUCUAUCCUCAUGGUUAAGACAUCCAAAGCCGGCUGUAACAGAAAAUAAAGCCUUCCUUUUUUGACAGACAUGCUGUUCCUCUGUCUGACUUUGUCUGUUUUCCCUUUUGUUUUAUCAAACACUCUAAAAGAAGCGUGCUAUGGAGGCCAAUAUAACUUGCCUCCUGAAUAUGCACCUCCUCUUUUCCACGGAGAUCUUUUCUUCACUUCAAGCAACACAGGAGUCAGAAGGCUUGUGAGCAAUGAUGAUGGGGUAAAGGACGCACGCUUCGUAUCUUCCUUUGGCAUUGGACUUACAAUACAAGAUUUGACAGAACAAGAUAAUGGAGUUUUCUCAGUGUCUUAUCCUAAUAGUAACAGAGAGGUCAAUGUCAUCACACUGAAGGUUCUAGAUUGUGUCGAACCACGAAAAGUCUAUUAUGGAAGUAUCUUCUCAUUCAUGAUUCCCUUUGGAGCUGAACGUUUAGAGUUCACUCCAUCUAGUGAACUGGAUCAGGUGACAGUCCGCUGGGAUCACACUGGCACGAAGGGAGGCAGGGGAUCAGUGACCAGACACUACUGGGAGAUAACUGACACCACCCAGAAAGACACUGGUUACUACAAGUUCAGAGGAAAACAUAACAAAUUGCUGGCUUGGAGGAAGCUUUUGGUAGAAGAAAAUGAAAGACAUGUUGAUAUUGAUGAGGGCAGAGAACUCCGCCUAGAUUAUCAUGAUAUUGCUCCCAUAUGGAUGGUUACAUUUCAGCCUCUUGGGACACAAAAAAACUAUUUAUUGAUUGUAAGAGGUACUGCUAACUGGAAUCCAGAACCAUUUGAAGGAAGAGUUGACUUUAGGGGCACUUCUAUAGCCAUUAGUUCUGUAGAAUAUCAAGACUCUGGCACCUAUGAGUUCAUAGACUCAAAAGGCUGCGUGGCCCUGCGUGUGACGGUGGAGGUGACCAAUGUAGACUUUCCAUCCUGGGUAUAUGCGCUUUCAUUUGCUGGUGUUCCCUUUGGGGCGAUUUGCUGCUGUUAUUGUGUAAAAAGUUUUCGUAAAAAGAGCUCCUCUAAAAGAAACAACCCUAAUCCUGAGAUGACAGCAGCACCAACACCUGCAACCGCUGUGCAUUACCAUGAUACGACUCAACCUACAGGCCCUGGUCAGUCUGGCACCUCAGUGCCCGUGAACCUCCCUGCCUGGAGAGAACAAAGAUCUACCUCUGGUGGUCCACAAGAUUCAACUCAACAUCCAGUCCCUAGUGCCUCUGCUGCCCCAAAUAUAUCAGCUUUCUCUGACCUGCCAAUGAAUCCCCCCACCUAUAUGGAAGCUAUGUCUGAUGGUCCACCAACAUACGAAUCAGUGAACUUCAGUCCGAGCCCACCGCAGCCUGAGGCUGCAGCUGGAGGCUCUGAUUUCAUCUCCUCGGACUCUGAACCAAAGUUUGAUGUGGAAGAGUCUGCCAGUCCUUCUGCUGCCCCCCUCAGCUCAGAUACAACCUGUGAUGUGUAUACCUCUGAUAAGUUCAACUUUUUGUAAGAGCCAUUAUGAAAAUUGUGAAUCAGACAAAAUAGUGGGCAGAGUUUUGACACACAAUCAAGCUUACUGUGUUUCAUAAAUGCAUUGGGAUCAACGUCAUUUGAUGCAAUUCAUUAUUAAUAUUUUUUAAAUGUUACAAUGUUAAUUUCUAUUGCAUAACUGUACAUAUUAUUUUUUAAUAUAUUUAAUAUAUUUUUGGGGCAUUCUUGAUUAUUAUUAUUAUUAUUAUUAUUAUUAUUAUUAUUAUUAUUAUUAUUAUUAUUAUUAUUAUGUGCACUACCAGGUAAGCCACCUUGACAUCCCAACACUAUAUACUGAUGUUCCUAUGAAUAAUAGGAAUAAAGUGUUUUGUUUACUUUUUUCUCAGGCAAGAGGAAAGAUGCUGCCUAGAGUAUUUACUAAUGAAAUUUAUGAGUGAUUAUAUGUAGGUGUGUGUUAAAUGUAGCUUAUAUAUACUUGACUUACUUGGAUGAUGUACACAUAAUAAAGUUUUCUCAGGUUUUUUUUAAUCUGCCAAUGACAUGAAAUGCAGGCGAUUAUGUUACAGUGGUCACUAAAAUCAGUGACAUUUCUCAUGGAAAACAACAGUCUACCUUCAGGAAGUCAAGCCAAAACACAUAAAGGUGUACUUAUUCCUAUUGCUUGUCCAAACCAUUAUUGUGUGCCUUUAGUUUUAUAUACUGUUUGUAUUGUGUGUUACAUGUGUUUUUAGUUUGUUGCUGUUUUAUCAACUGGGGCAUUUGUAAAGACCUUGUCUUUACAAACUGCCAUUGACAUAAUAUGAAAUAAAUGUCAAAAUAUGAGUUUAUGUGAUAACUGUGUUUGUUUGUCUGCAUUAUCUGGGAAGUUGUUACUAAACUAUUUGUAAUAAUUUGUUGAAAACCUACCUGAUCUUUGUUUUGCUUGGUAUUAAAGCUCAGUGAGAAGCUGGAGUAUCUAAAUA